UCGUCUCUUCCUUGCUUAGUAAACGGAUUGGUGCCAUCAGAAACAUGGAAGUAACUCAACUUUUGCUCGGGCCAAUCCUCGCCCCAUUUAUCUUAGGAUUAACUACAUUAUUUUUGCUCUAUUGGCUAUCUACGAGGAGACACAAUUACUGGAAAGAAAGAGGAGUCAUCUACGAUAAGCCUAUCCCUUUCUUUGGAUCUCUCCUGAGAGCAUUUACAAAGCCAGCCCAAGAUGUUGAAUAUGAAAGAUAUAAGAAAUAUGGACGAAUAUAUGGGCAUUUCGAAGGAACUCGGCCCGUUAUAUCAGUUGCAGAACCAGCUUUGCUGAAGAACAUAAUGGUUAAAGACUUUGCAACUUUUACACAACGAAGAAGUUUCCAAAUUGGGGAUCCACUUUUCGACAAAAUGGUUUCUUCCCUCACAGGAGAAGAUUGGAAAAGAGUGCGCACAGUUAUCACUCCCACAUUCACAACAGGAAAAAUAAAGAGGGUAAGGUGA